CGCCAGCCCGCCGCGGGCCCGGUGGGUGGGCGCGGGGCCGCCUUCACCGCGGGCGGCGGCUACGCGGCGACCUUGGCCCCGGAGCCCUAGCGGGGACCCACACUGCCCGCUGCGGAGCGGACUUUGCCUAGCGCUGGGGGCGGAGCGCACCGAGUGUCGGUGCCCGCACCGCAGAGAUGUUAGCCUUCGCCGCCAGGACCGUGCCCGGGCAGGUGGCUGCCUCUUGGUAGGUUCUGCUCACCCACUUGGUAGCACAGUUAGGCUUAGAGAUCCAGCCAAGGCAGACAGACAGGGCUCAGAACCUCAGUCUUGCCAUGGAAGACGGGCAGCAGAGAGAAAAGAGCAAGAAGGCAGGGCCUGUGCAUCCAGACAGCAGGGAGGCCCUUCACCUCUACCAUUCCAACAGCACCUUUCAUCCUGACUGGGGUCCCUGGAGCCUUGCCAGGAUCAAUGGCCACACCCACCCUCCUCCAUCCCUGCGUGUAGCUGCAGGCCCCUGGGAGGUGAAGCCCCUGGGCCUCCUCAGGCCCUCGUCCCUGACGAAGGUUUCCAGCCGCUUCAAGACACACCAAGAUGCACUGCCGAGGCUGCCUGUGCCCCCACUUCAGCAGUCCCUGGACCAUUACCUCAAGGCACUGCAGCCCAUUGUGAGUGAGGAGGAGUGGGCCCAAACCAAGCAGCUGGUGGAUGAGUUUCAGACCUCCGGGGGUGUAGGGGAACGCCUUCAGAAGGGACUGGAACGCAGGGCCAAGAAAACCGAGAACUGGCUGUCUGAGUGGUGGCUCAAAACAGCCUAUCUCCAGUUCCGCCAGCCUGUGGUCAUCUACUCCAGCCCUGGAGUUGUGCUGCCCAAGCAGGACUUUGUGGAUCUGCAGGGUCAGCUCCGGUUCGCUGCCAAACUAAUCGAGGGUGUGUUGGACUUCAAGGCCAUGAUUGACAAUGAGACCCUGCCUGUGGAGUAUCUGGGGGGAAAGCCACUGUGCAUGAACCAGUACUAUCAGAUCCUGUCCUCCUGCCGAGUGCCGGGCCCCAAGCAGGACUCAGUUGUCAACUUCUUAAAGACCAAGAAGCCACCCAUGCACAUCACUGUGGUGCACAACUACCAGUUCUUUGAGUUGGACGUGUACCACAGCGACGGAACACCCCUCACCUCGGAUCAGAUCUUUGUGCAGCUGGAGAAGAUCUGGAACUCAUCUCUGCAAGCCAAUAAGGAGCCCGUGGGCAUCCUCACAUCCAACCAUCGCAACACAUGGGCCAAAGCCUACAAUACCCUCAUCAAAGACAAGGUGAACCGGGAGUCCGUGCGCUCCAUCCAGAGGAGCAUCUUCACCGUGUGCCUGGACAGGCCUGUGCCCAGGGUCUCAGAAGAUGUCUACCGCAACCAUGUGGCUGGCCAAAUGCUGCACGGAGGCGGCAGCAAGCUCAACAGUGGCAACCGCUGGUUUGACAAGACACUGCAGUUCAUUGUGGCAGAAGAUGGCUCCUGUGGCCUGGUUUAUGAGCAUGCAGCAGCGGAGGGACCACCCAUUGUUGCCCUUCUGGACCAUGUUAUCGAGUACACGAAGAAGCCAGAGCUCGUGCGGUCCCCCAUGGUACCUCUGCCCAUGCCCAGGAAGUUGCGGUUCAAUAUCACCCCUGAGAUCAAGAACGACAUUGAGAAGGCCAAGCAGAACCUUGGCAUAAUGAUCCAGGACCUGGACAUCACAGUGAUGGUGUUCCACCACUUUGGAAAGGACUUCCCCAAGUCAGAGAAGCUGAGCCCUGAUGCCUUCAUCCAGAUGGCCCUACAGCUGGCCUACUACAGGAUCUACGGGCAGGCGUGUGCCACAUAUGAAAGUGCCUCCCUGCGCAUGUUUCACCUGGGACGCACUGACACCAUCCGCUCAGCCUCUAUGGACUCACUGGCCUUCGUCAAGGCUAUUGAUGACUCCAGUGUGACGGAAUAUCAGAAGGUGGAGCUACUGCGGAAGGCUGUGCAAGCCCACCGAGCCUACACUGACAGGGCCAUCCGUGGAGAAGCCUUUGACCGGCACCUGCUGGGCCUGAAGCUGCAGGCCAUUGAGGACCUAGUGAGCAUGCCUGACAUCUUCAUGGACACCUCCUAUGCCAUCGCCAUGCACUUCAACCUCUCCACCAGCCAGGUCCCUGCCAAGACAGACUGCGUCAUGUUCUUUGGGCCUGUGGUCCCCGAUGGCUACGGCAUCUGCUAUAACCCCAUGGAGGCCCAUAUCAACUUCUCUGUGUCUGCCUACAACAGCUGUGCUGAGACCAACGCUGCCCGCAUGGCACACUACCUGGAGAGGGCACUCCUGGACAUGCGUACCCUACUUCAGAACCACCCCCGGGCCAAACUCUGAGCCUUGUGCUCAGGCCUGCUAGUGCCAUAGCCAAUCCCAUCUGGGGAUAGCCACCCUCCAGGGCUCAAUUCCUUUGCUUCCUCUGCCCUUGGCCCCAGGCUCUGAACACAUCUUCUUGGGGGUCCUACAGGCUCAAGCAAGUACCUUCUCUGAGCUGGGGCUCAGUUCAGAACUGAGCAGGACCUAAGGCCCAGGCCUCCAGCGAAUCAUCCCCUGGAGAAGGGACCCAGUCUAGCCCAGCACUUACCAUACUAGGAGACUAGAAAGAGCUCCGUUUCUUUCCUAGCUCAGCUCUGGCUAGUCCUUGCCAUCUCCAUAGCCAGGUCAGGGUCUGUACUCUGAACUCCAAGCUCUCAAGGACCUGAAGACAAAGGAUGAUCUGGAGCUGAGGAGCCAGGGAGCAAGAUUUCCGGGUCAAGGGGACCCCCUGAGGUACCAUCAACAACACGGUUGCUAUGGUCUUUUUGGAUAAGGUGACUCAUGAGCCCUGGCCCUCUUGCUUCCAUGCAGCAUGGUCCCUGAACCACUUCACAGUUGUAAAACACGAGCACACCAGGUAAUUAAUUAAUAAAGGGAAAAUGUGCUGGCAAA